AUGGCGGUAUCCCAGCCGUCGUCGCCGGGAGGGUCGGUGAGGCGGGCGUCGACCCGCCGGACCAUGGAUCUCCGGGGUGAUGGAGCGGGGUCGAGCUCGAGCUCGGGGUAUGGCGGCAAAGAGGCAGCAGGGAGGAGAGUCUCGGAUGAUGAUGGGUUGAUCAUGAGGGAAAGAGGGGAGAGGGAUGAGGGGAGUGUAGGCAGGGCAGGAGGCGUGGACGUCCAUGGAGGCGGGACGAGGCCCAAGCGCCGUUUGAGUAGUCUUCCCUCCUUACCGCACCCCUACCACUCCUCUACUCCCGACUACAGAGCCUUAUCCACGUCGUCCCCACCCUCCUCGCCGGGCCGAUACGGCCAAACGAAGAAUCCGACCUAUCAAAUACUGGCGAAUGGGAUUGGGUUGCAAACGCAGUCACCAUAUACGUAUCCCUCAGCUGGACAUAGCCAUCAGAGGAUGGCGGAAAAGAUGGAAGAGCGGGCAGCGGUGGCUGCGACAAGAGAAGCGAAGGAGGGGGGAUCGCCAAGAUUAUUCGGGAUAGAGCUAAAGUGGAUAUCAUUGCUCACGCUCGCAUUACAAAACGCCUUUCUCACCAUAAUAAUGCACUACUCGCGCAUCACCGCCUCGCCAAAUAAAACCUACUCGGCAGCAUCCGCCGUGCUGCUGAACGAGCUUCUCAAGGGGUCCAUCUCCAUCAUCAUCGCCCUCCGGAAUAUCGACAAGACCAUGUCGGCUCCCUCUUCCCAUCCCCUUACGUCCGAAAAGGACGCAUCGCACCCCCAUUCCCUUCGCGCUCCCACCACCCGCCCAUCGGUCCUCGCAUCCCGCUUCUCCCUCCUCUACCCCUCUCGUCUUCGCGCGCUCCGCGACGCCCUCUUCUCGCGCGACUGCAUCCAACUCUCCAUCCCCGCCAUCCUCUACGUCAUCCAGAACAACCUCCAAUAUACCGCCGCGUCCAACCUCGACGUCGCUACUUUCCAGGUCACGUACCAGAUGAAAAUCCUUACUACCGCGGCGUUCUCAGUCGUCAUGCUCCGUCGACGACUGUCGAGGAUCAAGUGGCUCGCCCUCUUCCUCCUCGCCAUCGGGGUCGGUAUCGUCCAGAUCCAGUCAUCCUCGGCACCAUCGGCGAGCCACUCGGACGCAUCCGAGGUGCUCAGCACCAUCCACACCAUGUCUCCCCUCAAGGGCUUCUUGGCGGUCACCGCGGCAUGUAUGACCUCGGGUCUCGCCGGGGUAUACUUUGAGCUCCUGCUCAAGCCGAGCUCACCCUCGACGACCAGCACAUCCGGCAGCGGCAACGUCCAGCCAGAUCUCUGGAUCCGGAAUACACAACUAUCCCUCUUCUCGCUGAUCCCCGCCAUCCUCCCGAUCCUGUUCAACGGAACCUCGGACGGCCUCGGACCAAUAGGGAGGCUCAUGGCUGCGUUCGCCAAUUUCAACGGCUGGGCUAUCGGGACUGUCCUUACUCAGACGUUCGGCGGUCUCAUCACCGCUAUUGUCAUCCGGUAUAGCGACAACAUCAUGAAAGGCUUCGCUACCUCCCUAUCCAUUAUCAUCUCCUUCCUCGCCUCUGUCGUCCUCUUCAACUACCCCAUCACAUUCGCCUUCGUCCUCGGCUCAUCCGUCGUCCUCGCCGCUACAUGCCUAUACAACAUGCCCUCCUCCCCCUCCCCUACGACCCGGAGAGAAAUGGCCCUCCCUCCCGGCUCCCCCAUCCGGACUUCCGCCCCUAUCCUCGGUGAGCCCGAAAAACCAAGUCGGGCGAGCUCGUUCGCUUCUCUUCUGGGGAUCGGGCAGAGCAGGGCUCCGAGCCGCGCCCCGUCCGGCGAGAACCUACGGCAGAUGGGCAGUCUGAGUAAUCUCAGUCCGGCGUAUACGACGUACGGGAACGGAAAUACGCAAGUUGGCGGGAUGCACUCGCAGCAGUCUUCGCUGGGUGGGAACGGAAAUCAUAUCGAUGGGGUAUCAGUCGGGAACGGUGACGCCGGCGUAUGGGCCCGGAUCGGGUUUGGGGCUGUCGGGGAGGAAAGGAAGCCAGAGUGCGGAGAGUAG